AUGGACGUCACAUAUUUGAUUUCUCAGUUAAGCUUAAUUUUCUGCUGCCUUGUUUCUGUUCUCUUUCUGGUGAUGGUUAAAUGUUUGCUGGGAUGGUGCUGGUUUUCCAGACGGGGUGCGUCACUGCCUUGUUUGCCAAGUGUGCCAAUCCUGGGCAGCCUGCUCCACCUUCGCUCAUCUCUUCCUCCACAUCUGCUUUUCACCAAACUGGCACGGAGCUAUGGGCAUCUGUUCAGCCUGUACAUGGGGCCGCACUAUACACUGGUAGUAAGUGAGGUGGCACUGGCCAGGGAGGUGCUCCUGCACAGGGGCAGAGACUUUGCUGGAAGGCCCAAGAUGGUUACCACAGAUAUGCUGACACGAGGAGGGAAAGACAUCGCAUUUGCAGAUUAUAGCACUUUAUGGAAGAGCCAUCGCAAACUAGUACACUCCUCUUUUGCCUUGUUUGGAGAGGGCUCCAGCAAGCUGCAGACCAUCGUUUUAGAUGCUGCAGAAAGUCUGUGUUCAGAUCUUCAGGCUUAUAGGGGCCAGUCUGUGGAUCUGAGUCCGUUCAUGAUGAGAGCAGUUACCAAUGUGGUAUGCAGGCUAGUUUUUAAUUCGACAUACAGCCCUCAGGAUCCUGAGCUUCAGCAGGUGUUAGACUAUAAUGACGGCAUUGUGCAGACCAUUGCACGUGGAAGCCUGGUGGACAUUUUUCCAUGGUUACAGAUUUUUCCCAACAAGGACUUGACCAGGCUGAGAGAAUGUGUGUUUAUUAGAGACAAACUACUUACUAAGAAACUAGAAGAGCACAAGUUGACCCUUAUACCUGGAGAACCUCGUGACCUCCUAGAUGCUCUCCUAAGUGGUCAGAGUGAUGUCACAGACGAUCACAUUUUAAUGACAGCGGCUGAAGCUUUUGGAGCAGGAGUAGAGACUACAUCCACAACUUUACUGUGGACUAUAGCGUUCCUACUGCACCAUCCAGAGGUGCAGGAACGUCUUCAUGCUGAGCUGGACGAGUGCGUAGGAAGGGACAGACAUCCUACUUUGACUGACAGGUCCACGCUGCCAUACUUGGAGAGCGUGUUGAAUGAAGUCUUGAGGAUUCGCCCUGCCAGUCCUAUCCUCAUCCCCCAUGUUGCUAUGCAGGACACAAGACUUGGAGGCCAUUAUGUGCCAAAGGGCACAAGAGUUUUGGUGAACAUCUGGGCGAUCCACCACGACCCCAAACACUGGGACAACCCUGACCAGUUUAUACCAGACAGGUUUCUAGACUGCACAGGUAAAAAGAUCAACCCACCCAGUUACCUUCCAUUUGGAGCAGGACCCAGAGUUUGUGUGGGUGAAUCACUGGCCCGGAUGGAGCUCUUCCUUUUCCUCAGCUGUCUUCUGCAGCAGUUCCAUUUCAGUCUUCCCAGUGAUGCUUCCCUACCCAACCUGCAAGGGAGAUCUGGGGUAGUGCUACAGCCACACCGUUACAUGGUUACAGUUCGACUACGGCAGUAAACUGUGAUGACAUAUCUAAUAUUUUUUCUAGAUGUAUCCUCUGUUUAGA